AUGAACCUCCUUGGGGUACUUUCAAAGUACUAUGAUUGUGACCUAGCUGGCCCCGUUGCGGUAUGCGUUCGGUACUCUGGUGACCGCGGCAUCUGGGCGGUUCGCCAGUAUCUAAUUGAGGACGCUGACAAGGUUCUGUGGAACCUCCGCUCCAUGCGCCAUAGGAACCUGGCCUCCACUCGGGAGUGUUUUCGCACCCCGGAUAUUCUAUACACGCUGGGUGAGUUUGACCCUCUCAUCCUGGAUCACAUUGUCGCUUGCAAAGCCUUUCCAGAUGAGCAAGAGCUCGCAGCCAUUAUGUCUCAGCUCGUUGACGGGCUGUCAUAUCUCAUAGCCAACAACUUCUACCACACAUCUCUGGAUUGUUCUGGCGUCCUCGUGAAUCUCAAUGGGCACGUUAAAAUCGCACGGAUCGAUUGCUGUGUUAUCCGGCAACAGGGUACAAUUCAAGCCAGUCACUUGGCGCCAGCCUCGAGAAUCAUGAUGGAAUUGACGCACAAAUAUAUCAAAGAAGAUGGGGCAGUAGGAAUUGAUAAUCUCGACCGCUGGCGAACUUACCCGGCUGCGAUCGAAUUUCUCUGUGCGACGGCCUCGGCAAGCUCUUUUGAGGAACUGAGAGAGCAACGACUGAUGACGGAAAUUCCAUGCUGCCCUGGGAAUCUCAUCGGACUUGCAGGGUUCGCGUUGAUCUCCGCUCGCACAUUCUACUCGUACACGCCAGGGCCCAUGAAGAACGAUUAA